AUGUCGAGCAACGGCGGAAUCAAGGCCGCGUCCUCGGAUUCUCACGCUCUCGACUCGCGGACGUCCAUGAGCGAAGGGUCUACCGUUGCCGCGCCGUACCGGGACAGCUUCGAAGAUGACGAGGAUCUGUCGAGUGCUGUUCUCGAGCAGUCACGGAGUGGUGUUCUUGCGAGGCUGCUUGGUGCAUUGGGGAUGACGGUGCGGCGGCGGAAGGCAUCAUAUGACUACUUCGAGCAGAAUCACCUACCUGAAGGCUUGCUGAAGAGGCAUUCGCCGCCACGAGAGCUGCGAAGAUGUCGAAGGUCAUAUGUCGCUGGAGUCCUCAAGAGAGCGUUGAUAGCUCUGCCCCUGGUGGUUUUGCUGGCGUUUGGCGUAUUGCACAUUCUACAAGCCGUAGUUGGACGAGCCCAGUUGUUAUGGGACGUGGACACCUACGAUGGAUAUUGGCCUGACUGGGGCAAGCCAGGCCAUGUUGGAGCUGGCUUGAAAGACUACCCAACAGACGCUACACGAGACGUGAUACCAAUUCGCUGCCACUCGCACAACGAUUACUGGAGAAGAGUACCUCUAUUCGACGCCAUCCACUGGGGAUGUACAGGCGUCGAGGCGGAUGUCUGGCUCUUCGAUGAGGAGCUCUACGUUGGUCACAACACCGCAUCACUCACAAGAAAUCGAACAUUCCGAAACCUCUACGUCAACCCCCUCGUAGACCUCCUCGACAAGAUGAACCAAAACACCACCUUCGCCAACACGACCGGCCACGGCGUCUUCGAUGAGGACCCCAACCAAUCUCUCAUCCUCCUCAUCGACUUCAAAACCAACGGCCGCGACACCUGGCCCUUCGUCUCGAAGCAACUCGAAGCACUCCGCGAAAAAGACUACCUCACAUACUGGGACGGCAACCAGACCCAUUCCCGCGCCGUAACAGUCGUAGGAACCGGCAACACCCCCUUCGACCUUGUGACCAAAAACGAAACCUACCGCGACAUUUUCUUCGAUGCACCGCUCGACAAGCUCUUCGAGAACCCCAAAGAACAUUUCUCCGCCCCAUCCCUCCCACAGAAAUCCUCCCAAGGCACCGUCGGGACGUCCUCAUCCUCCGACUUCAAUCCCGGCAAUUCCUACUACGCCUCCGUCUCGUUUAUGCACGCCGUGGGUUUCGUCUGGAGAGGAAGAUUGUCUUCGUCGCAGAUGAACAUCAUCCGGGGACAGAUCCACGGUGCGCAGAGACGAGGUCUGAAAGCGAGGUAUUGGGAUACGCCAAGCUGGCCGGUAGGCUUGAGGAAUCAUGUUUGGCAUGUGCUCAUGGAAGAGGGCGCGGAUAUGUUGAAUGUGGAUGAUCUGAGAGGUGCAGCGGUCGAGAAUUGGAAGGCGAGGACGCAUGGGUUCUGGUAG